AUGGAGUCUACAACAAAUACGAAAUCUGAGAGGUUCGUUGGUCAAACUUUACUGUCCUGUAUUUACGUGAAAUUGUAUCAGCUUAAGAAGUCGGUGAGGUUAUAAGCAUGCUUUUUUUCAUGUGUUUUUGCGUCUACAAAAUGCCUAUCUUCUGUUUCGGUAACAGCUAUAGAGCUACGGGCCACUUUCAGUAUGCAAUUUUGAUAUUGAUAAAUUUCAAUUUUUCUGCUGUGAUUGCAUGUGAUCAUCACAAGAUCUCGAUGAUCACGAUCACGUGACGAUGAUGGUAGUCACGUGAACAUUCUGGUGCUCUCGUAAUCAUGAUAAUCCUAAAACCAUAACCCUCGCAACCAAUCGAAAUAAAUAGCAAAAUGGAUCAAUAAACAUUAAUAGGACAAACUUCGUUCCUUGAUUCCGAGGUGAUAAUCGAUAUAUUUAGAUUUUAUCAUGAAUAAAUGAAGUAGGUCACGUAUUGGGGUGGUUGUUUAUAAAGGCAUUCAAUGCAACCAGAAGUCUCGUAUCAUGUAUAUAAAUGGGGCGCACCUGAUUAAUUUGAUUUCUUUGUUUAUUUCUAUUUUUUCUUGAUUGACGUUCUAACAGUUCCGAGUUCAAUGAGCUCCUCUCAAAAGGAAGCGAUGCCCUAUCCAAAGGCGAUCUUCAAACAGCUGAGAAACAUUAUUCAACAGCUCUGAAAUUGGUAUCUCCAGAACGAAAAACGAAGGAAAUGAGAACGUGCUUUGAAGAACUUGGUAACAUCUACCUGAUGAAAAGAAAAUCUGGAGACGACUUCACAAACGCAACAGCGCUAUAUAACGCAGCACUAGCAAGAUCUACAAGCACUGAAGAUGAGCUCAAAAAGCACCUAAUAAGUCGCAUUAAAGAAGCAGAGAGGCAGUUUUUAAGUUCCAUUCUCCUAAGGGACUCUUUAAUAGACUUUCCCGACUAUGAAAACGACAUCAAACACAAGGAUGUGUUAAGCACGAUUCGUGAUAGCUGCAAAGAAAUCAUUCGUCAGGUUGACUUUGAGUGUGACCCAGGAGUAAUGCCGCUUGAUGAAGAGCAACGAGUGGUGUUGGAAAAAAGACGAACCAGCUUGAUAUCAACACUUUUCCGAAAGAUAUCCAAAGACAUGAUUGACUUCAUUCAAAUGCUGAUCGAAGAAUGUACAUCAGUGCUAGGCAACGCACCUUGUCGAUUUGCAGUGAUUGGGCUUGGCUCAUUGGCCCGGAACGAAAUGACUCCUUAUUCUGAUAUGGAAUUUGCAAUUCUCCUUGAGGACGGUGCGGAAACGGAAUCCAACCUGGAAUAUUUCCGAAACAUCACACGCUAUUUCCACUUGAAAGUUCUCAACCUAGGCGAGACAAUUUUGCCUUCAAUGGGUAUCACCUCGUUAAAUGAUUUCUACUCUGGCGAUCCUGCACGCAUGUGGUUCUUUGAUGAUGGUCCGAAAGGGUGUUCCUUCGAUGGAGCAAUGCCAUGGGCAAGCAAGUAUCCACUUGGUCGUAAGGAAACUCAAACUAAAGAAGCCAUUGAACUGAUUAAAACACCAGGCAACAUGGCCGCAUUGCAAAGCGAGCAACUUGCUAUCAAAGAAGGCUACCACUUGGCUGAUGUGUUGGCCACUUCGGUGUUUGUCACCGGCGAUGAAGAACUGGUUAAAUUGUACAACGUGAAAGUUAACGAAAGCUUGCAAGAUCCAUCUGAUCAAGAUAUGUUGACUAAUGGAUCCAAGAGGGGGUUUGAGAGCUUGAACGAGAUAGUCGAAGAUUUUAGCCUCUAUUUCAAAUGGAGUGAAGCUGGCAAAAUGUUCAAUGUCAAGAAGGAACUGUACAGAUUUCCUAGUUUGGUGCUGAAUAGUCUGACCUUCUAUUACAAUCUAGAUUCACGCAACACUUGGGAAAUUGUUGACGAAAUGCAAAAGAAACAGCUGAUUACAGAAGACGAAGCCCACAAUCUGAAUUUUAUUUUAGCUACUGCAUCUGAACUUCGAAUUCGUUCUUACCUUGGGAAAGAUGAACAGAGAGAAAAACUGACUGGUUUACUGUCCGACGUUGUGGAAUUAGAUUUGCCUGAAUCAGUUGCUGGAAAAGCUGGUGCCAGUGCGGUCGACGUGGAGAAGGCUUUUCACAUUCCUAAUCCAGAUAUCAUCGUUCGGUUUUUCAUGACCUAUUUUCCUCUUCAAAGAGCCAUACAAAAAUUAGUUUUGUCGAAAAAAUUACCACACGAAGGGAAGAUGUUUUCUGAUCACAAUCUAUAUGAUUGCAGGUAA